AUGGCGAUAACCUUGACAGUGAUAUUGUUGAAAGUUUUUCAGAAAUGUUAUUGGUUGAUGGUUGUUGUGUGGUUGAAUUUAUUCGAGAGUGCUGGGAAAAUGAGGAAAAAGAAAACAGCAUCACCAAAUUGGUUACUAGAAAACCAACUCCCUUUCUUUGUGCUUGUCAGACUUUAUCGCAUGACAUCACAUCCUACUGAAGAGAACUUGUUGUAUAUGGUGAGACAUACCUUGCUUAAUACUUUUCCAAAGGUGAAAUUUAUACCCAAAUCAGAAAUUCAAUUUAUAACAGAAGGAUUCGACCAUUUACUUGAUGUGGUACACAUGUUUUGUCGCCCAUCAGGUGAGAAAGUUCAACAAAAGAUGAAUGCUAGCACACAAAACCAGUGUUGCAAGAUAAGUUUUUGUGGCAACAGUUUGCAAUUAUCAAAAGAAAUCCCCCCUCAUCUUAAACUUUGGCAAUGCUAUCAUAUUCCAACUGCAAGAGAGCUUUUUGACGCUGGAGUUAGCUUCUUAAAAAUAGGAUUUGUGGAAGAAAAUGACGAGGAUAAAGCAUCACUAUUCGAUAUCACGUUCGAGAAGGGAUUAAUGAAAAUCCCAUGUUUCGCGAUUGACGAUACUAUGGAAACCUUCAUGAGAAAUAUGAUAGCUUUUGAGCAACAUACUUCAAUAAAACCAUAUCCUUAUUUCUCGAUGUAUGCACAUUUAAUGACUCAACUUAUUGGCUCACAUAGAGAUGUGAAUUUUCUUCGCCAAAACAAAAUCAUCCUUGAGGGCAUGGGAGAUGACAAACAAGUGGCUAGCAUCUUCAAGAAACUUUCAGAUGGGGUGGCAAUCACAGACUGUUACUUUUAUUACAUACAAGAAUGCAGUAAAUUGAUUCAACAUUGUGAGAAGCCAUGGAAUCAAAUGAAGGCAAGUUUGAAGCACAACUAUUUUCAGAGUCCUUGGGCAGGAGCUUCAACUGUGGCAGCUAUUACACUUCUUGUGCUCACAGUUAUACAGACUGUUCUGGCUUUUACCGGUUAUGUUAAUAAGUAA